CACACACUUUUGGCAAGGGCUGAACCACUUUUUUUGCGUACAAAAAGUCACCGAAUGAACAGUACAAGGAAAUUAUUGAUUUUUUUCGCAUAAAACAUAUUCAGUUCAAAGACAAAAUAUAGUGCAAGUGAUUUUUUGGCUAAAUUAAUUUGUAGUGUGUGUCUGUUAAUUAAUUAAUUAAAAAUGAUUUAAAAUUUUAAAAGAAUAUAUUAAAAGAGAUUAGUUUGCAACAUUUUCCUGUUCCGGAAGAACUCAUUUUUAGCUCAUAAUGGCUGACAGUGAAUUCGAGGAAUUUCAUCGUCCAAUAUUUGAAGCACACACAAUACAAUAUACCAAUAGUACCGUUAGUGGUGCCAAAAAACCAAAUCCUCAUACAUUUUACUCUCUAAUACCCAAUGAUGAUCUGGAGGAUUCCCCUUCUUCGAAAAGUGACACUUCAGAUCAGGAGGACAAUGGUGAUUGCAAUAAAAACAACAGACAAGUGGAAGAUGAUGAAAUUGGCGAUGGUUUAAAGGUGGUAUCGUUGUCAUCGGAUGGUUCCUUGGAUACCAAUGAUUCAUUUAAUUCACACCAUCAUCAUCCAUUGAACCAUCAAGAUGCUAUUGGUGGUUUAGUGGGCAUUGGCUCCAGCAAUACACACAAUGGCUCGCAUCAAGUAAACCACUCGACUCACAGUUUACCCAUUGGCAUAUUAAAUAAUCAACAGCAGCAACAACAACAACAACAACAAAGACGUCGCCGAAAGUUGCCCGAAAUUCCCAAAAAUAAAAAAUCUUCCAUUCUGCAUCUUUUAGGUGGUGGUGGUGGGGGUGGUGUUGGUGCUGGCGGCAAUGGCUUUGAACAGUCAUCUUUGGCCGAUGAGAUGUCCAACGGUCAGGGUGUUGGUCGCAAUCGAGGAAUGACUGGUCCCCAGGGACGGCAUAAUCAACGAUCAUUUUUGACGCUCAAACAUAGUUACCUUCUAGACGAGGAUUCCAGUCCCGAUUCGGAACGUUUACAAAGCUUGGGUGAUGUUGACAGUGGUCAUAGUACUGCUCAUUCUCCAAAUGAUUUCAAGAGCAUGUCUCCACAAAUUACUUCUCCUGUAUCGGAAUCACCCAUUCCACAACCCUUCGGUGGGGUGCCUUUUGCCCACCUUGAAAUGCUAGAGGCCACACACAGAGGUCUGCACAAAUUUAUACCACGUCAUCAUGAUGAGAUCGAAAUAGAAAUCGGUGAUCCAGUGUAUGUACAAAAGGAGGCCGAUGAUUUAUGGUGCGAGGGAGUUAAUUUACGAACUGGCCGUCAAGGCAUCUUUCCCUCAGCAUAUGCCGUUGAUUUGGACUAUAAUGAAUUUGAUCCAACCGUGCAGCAGGUUAAGAAAGAACGUUAUCUAUUGGGUUAUCUCGGUUCGGUGGAGACCUUAGCCCAUAAAGGCACGGGUGUGGUUUGUCAAGCGGUGCGUAAAAUUGUCGGUGAAUAUGGUAAUUCGCCCACAGGUCAAGUAUGCAUUCUGGAAAUAUCUGAUCAAGGUUUACGCAUGGUAGAUCGUUCCGGACCGAAUAAUAAAAAGGAUAAGAAACCUUGCAUUGAUUAUUUUUACUCGCUCAAAAACGUAUCUUUUUGUGCGUUUCACCCAAGGGAUCAUCGUUUCAUUGGAUUCAUAACCAAACAUCCAACGGUACAACGUUUUGCAUGUCAUGUUUUUAAAGGAUCUGAAUCAACUAGACCUGUAGCAGAGGCUGUGGGACGUGCAUUCCAACGUUUCUAUCAAAAAUUCAUUGAGACGGCUUAUCCCAUUGAAGACAUCUACAUUGAAUAAAUUUACAUAUAACCCACAUCGAGGGUCUCUAAUAAGAAUAUAUAUAUAAAUAGCUACAUAUAUAUGUGUAUAUAAUAAAUAUAUAGGUACGAAAAACAAAAAUUACUUUCAAAUCUUAAAGAAUAAAAAAACAGAAAAAUAUUGUCUUCGCCUCUAAACCAACACACACACACAGACACAGACACAGACACACAGUCGAAAUGAAUAAAAUUAAAAAUACAAGUUAAAACAAAUGAAAGAAAGGAUUUCUAUAUCCUUAACUAACAUUUGACUAUAUUUAAUAUAUAUUUUAUUCAAAUAAACUACAAAACAAAUAAAAUCUUAAAGUAUUAUUUAUUAGUUUAAAUAAUUAUACACACACAUACAUACAUAUUUAAUCUUACGAAAAAAACCAAAAAGAAGUAAAUUUCUUUAUAGUUUCAAAAAAAUAUGGAGUGACAAAAAAUCAAAAAGAAAAAACAAAAAUAAUUAACAAAAAUAAAACUUUGCAAUUAGUUGAACUACAAUACACUACAAUAGCAACAACCUACAAUAACAACAACAACAACAACUAAGAAAAUGUAUCCAAAUAUUGUUCGUAUUAAUUUUGAAUUAACUUAAAAGAAAAACAAAGAAAAAAAGAAAAGAUAAUAAAGAUUCAUUAUGACAAUCUUUUGAGCAUUAUGAUGUACUCGUUAUGAAUUCUACUUCAAAACGAAUUUGUUUUAAAUUCAUUCAACACUCAACCCUUUCAACUGAAAUUUGCAUUAAGUCAUUAAAUAUAUUUAAUAUAUUUUUCUGUGAUCCACUUUUUAUUUUUGUUUUUGUUGUAGCUGUGAGUCGCAUUUAAUUGUUCAGAUAAGGUGUCCAAUCAAAAUAUAACUAAUUAUUAUCGGUCGGCUGAUGUGAACACUUAUUUGUUAUUUUUUUUUUAUUUCUCUUAGUUUAUUUUAACAAUUCUUAAGAAUCGGAAGUAAAUAUUAUCUUAAGUAAUAUAAAUUAUAAAUGAAAUAAAUAACAACAAUAACAACGUAAGAGCGUAAUCUCUGUCUCUCUUAAUAAAACGUUAAUGACUAAUACAUGUCAACGGUAGACAGUAAAGUAGAUAAAGAGUUUAUUUUUGAAAAUUGUAAUAAAAUAAUGUAGUAGUCAUUUUUAGUUAAAUAUUUAAUAAAGUUGAUUGAAUAAUCUCAAAUAGAAAAGAAUUUUAUAUAUAGAAUCCAACAUAUUUAUCUAAUUUAAUUGAAUGAUUUAGUUAUUUACACAAAACGAUAUUGGUUAUACCAAUCCUAAGUUCCACAUUUGAACUAUAAAAAGUUUAUAUCUUUUUACUAAUAGACAAGAUAGUGAGAGCUUAAGAUUCGAAAAGUUCCAGAGAAGCUAGUAAUUACAUACCAGAGAUGGCAAUUCCAUUUGUAAGUUUACUAAACUACAUUAAAAUAUUCACUUUUUUGAUUCAGUUUGACAUUUCUUUUUCGAAAAUUAUAGCAAUAUGGGAAAAAACAAAUCAAACCGACUUCAUGAGUCCAUAAACUAGUCAAUAAGCAAAUCAUUAUUUAAGAUCACUUCACACGAUCACAGUUUACGUACGUAAACUGUUCUACACCGAUUUUUGACAGAUCGUGUAAAACAGGCUUUAGCGUAUAGAUUAGAUAAUAGACUUGUUCAUAGACUAUUUAAUAGACUAGUCAAUGGAAUAGUUUAUAGAGUUAUCAAUAUAGUAAACUAGCGCUAAGAAUAGUUAAUACUUAGACUAGUCCAUAGAAUAGUCAAUAGAGUACACCAUACGAGAGAUCAUAGACUAAUUAAUAGUCUUGUUAAUAGACUAGCCCAAAGAAUAAUAGAAAAAUCUAGUUAAUAAACUAGCUAAUAGACUAGUCCAUAGACAUACUAGUAAUUUAUCUUGUUACUAGACUAGUCCAUAGACUUGUCCAAGCUUAAGUCUAUAAAAUAGUCUUUAGAUUAAUGCAUAGAAAGAAGAAAACUAAUCCAAAUACUAUUUUUCAUCUUUUGAAGGUAAAAAAUCAACCCAAGUAGGUAAUUAUUUAUUCGAUACCCACCUGAGGUUAAAGAGCGCACAACAGACCCGAUAAAAAAAUCUUCCGAUUUAAUUUGUAAAAGUGAUCAUCAUUUGCAUCAGAAACUACCACCUAGAAUACAUGGAGAAAAAAAUUGAAAGUUUAACUUUUUUAUUUAAAAACCUUAAAGUUUAUCAAGUUUAGUCAUGAAUUAAAAGAACUGGAGCCAAAUAUUUAUAGAAAAAUCAAAGAUCAGUUUCAUUCGUUUAUCUUGAAAGAAAACUAAUGACGAAUAACGAAACUACCUAUAGCCUACAUUCCUGAUAAAAUGGAAAACCUUUCUGCACAUAAAUUGAUAACGCUUUAAACAUAUCGUUCCCACGACAGUUGUCAUAUUCCAGGAGAAAAAUGUCGGCCUCAGUGGAACUGUUAGUACAACAUCGGUAAUAUAAAUUUAUAUCGUGUAAAAUAAUUUCAAAAGAAUAAGUUUUUUCACUAGGGUUCCUAAGUUUAUAUUUUUUCUAAUUCCGUUGCAUUAUACUCGUCCAGAUAGUGUCAAUCUAUUAACAACAUAAUAGCUCUCAAUGGCUACAUUACAAUCUGCAUAAAAUUCUAUUAAUUUCUAUAACCAUUUUGUUUUUAAUUGCUAUCUAAAAGGAUUCAAAAAACAAGGACCAUAACCUUUCUCAGUUAGACGAUAACAAAUCCUUCUUUUUCAUCUCGUUGGCUUCUAUUCAUUAUUCGAAUAACAGAUCAACAACAACUUAGUGCCGGUCCACAUUAGCAGACUUUUUAUUGGGAAACUUUUGAUUUUACGCGAGAGAGACAGAGAAUGAAAUAUGAUUCAUGUCACUCGGGGUACGGAGUUUUUCGUAUUCGGAAACUUGUGUUGUUUUGUUAUUCUUCUUAUUCGUACAAAAACAAAGCAAUGCAAUCAACACAUAGUUUCUGAAACAAAUGUUUCUAUGUCUAGACAUUAAGGAAACUUCAAAAAUUUACAACAAGUUUUUCAAUAAAACUUUCCUAGUAUGGACCAGGUCUUAUGUAAUGAAGUCGCAAUAUUGCAUUUCUUCUUUAUUAGUGAUUUUUUCACUAGAACUAAACUUUUACUAUUGGCACUUGAUCAUCUGAGACGAUGACCAUUCAACUCGAACUAUUGAAAGUAAACAACAACAAUUGUCAUUAAAUGUCUGGCAGUUCGAAAAUCAGUCAAUGCAUGAGCAAAAUAUACAUAUUGUAUUUCCUCUAUGCACUUUAAUUUGAUGUAUUUCAAUUUAUUAUCAGUUAAAGGAGGCCUACUGUGACUUAUAGGUGUUGCUAUUUCCGGCAAUUAAUUUUCUCUCUCUCUAUUUUGUUCUAAAGGAGAAUCGUUAACAUAAACAAUCACAAGAUUCAAAUUUUUAACAAAUUUUAUUAUAAUUUUAAUACAAUAUUUUUCUUAAAAAAAAGAUAAAGCUACUUUAAUUAAAUAACUUUAGCUAUUUUUAGAAUAACACCAUAAACCGGUUGUAGUCUAAUUUAUAUAAUUAUGUUGACUAUAUAUGAACAAAAAAAAAGGAAUUUGUUACAAUAUCUAAAUAUAGACAAUUAUAUGCAACAAUUACUGAGCUAUACAAAUAACACCGCUAUUAUUCGGAUUCAGAUUAAAUAAAUACAAAUAGAAAUUUCAAAGCAAAUACCGCCAAGUUUAAGGAAAAAUUAUCAGUAAAGAUUUGCGUACUUUUUAAGAAGUCUAAAUAAAUAUAUGUUUGAAUGAAUGUAUGUAUGUAGUCUUAAAUAAAUAGUAGACCAAAUAUUAAAAAAAAAUACCAGAGAUAAAUGUUUAACGUCAUUAAACGUAAAUAAAUAGAACGAGAAAAAAAAACAUCCCUAGAUAUUUUAAACACAAGAACAUUUUUUUACAAUAUUUAUAUUUUGUUUAAUUAAGAAAAAAAUAUUUAUUAUAAAAUUAAA